GUCUUGCUUUCGUUUCAAUCUGCUGCGCGUUGACUUCUUCAUCAUGGUAGACUAGGACCCUUUCUGAUCAUCCUCUGAUGGGCACAUGGGACAUUUCGUCUUCACUCACGUCCCUGAUGUUCGGGAACUGUCUGUUCUCACAGCGUACUAGGUUCAGGGUUCAGAUAUCUGAUUGUUCAACAGCUAUGUCUUCCUAACGUCAUCUUCCGCGACUGUGGAAGUAAUGUUCGGAUCCUAUAGCUAAGCCUUCAUGGGGUGUGUGAUACAGAAGAACUGGUUGCUCGACUUCCCUUUAUAUGCCAGGUUGUUCUUUCAGCUCCAUACUUCGUUCUUCCUGUCAACAGGCUUUAUAUCGUUUCGCUGCUACUGCGAAACUCAUCGACCUAUCGACAUGCCCGCCGUCCAACCACCCUCCAUUGUGUUAGUCACCGGAGCUUCAGGUUUCAGUGGUGCAUGGAUCGUCCGUGCCUUUCUUGACGCGGGAUACUCGGUGCAUGGAACUGUGCGCUCCCUGGCUAAAGCGCAAUACCUGAACAAUUUGUUCAAGUCCUACGAUGAUCGAUUCAAGGCUGUGAUCAUUGAGGAUACUUCCAAGCUCGGAGCCUUUGACAAGGUGGUGAACGACGAAGUAUCUGCUGUCGUGCAUGUCGCCGGAGUGGCACACUUCGCCCCUUCCGUUGAUCAAGCUGGUAGGGCCAGCUAUUUCGUUCGCCAAUUGAGAUACAUAUUUAUGGAUCAGCGUCGUUUAGCAAUCUUCGGCCCCAAUACGGACAGUGUUGUGGAUUUAUUACAGACACUUCUCAAAUACGGCACCAAUGUCAAACGUUUCAUCUACAUGUCAUCUGCUCAAGCCAUGCUUGGCAAACCACUCACUCAUAUCUACACAGAAGACGAUUGGAAUGAUAACGCAGUGGCCGAGGCCAAGGAAAAGGGAAGCCAGGCUGACGGGCAAGUUUUGUAUGCCGCCAGCAAGGUUCUGGCCGAACGUGCAAUCAUCGACUUUACCGAAAAGCAUAAGGGACAAAUUGGCUGGGAUGCUACUCGCAUUGUUCCCGUAUGGAUGUUUGGGCCUAUCAUUCAUGAUUGCAACUCGGUCGAUAACCUAAAUCUAUCUGCUAAGAUCUUCUACCAAUUUUUGACAACAGAGCGCGAGAAGGACAAGGUGAACGACUAUGCAUCUGAGUUUAUAGACGUACGUGACGCUGCGGAUGCGUUUGUUGCUGCACUCAGGACCGAGGAAGCCGGUGGAGAACGGUUCAUUUUGGAUGCAGGGGCAUUCACGUAUCAGAAUCUUUUUGAUGCCAUACACUCCGCCGAUCCCGACGCAAGUGGGGUACCUUACGGUGAUCCCGAUGCUCCCAAAUUUAGCUUUCCAGGUCCAUUCUGCGAUGCGACGAAGGCGAAGAAGGACCUGAAAUUGAAGGAGUUCCGAGGCUUAAGCGAAUGCGCGAUCGAUGCUUUGAAAAGCUUCAGGGAGCGGGGUUUCUGACUAGAUGAGUUGAUAAGUGCUGUGCGCACCGAUAAAUCGCCUGGUGGUCUUGCCGCAUUCUGAACCCCUGUAGUAUCUUUACGAUAUUCACCGAACCGCUGAAGGUCUGGGUAAGACGCAGAGAGGGACACAUGCAUUUCCCACAUUAGUUAUUGUACUAGCCUGAUCUUCUCCAUUCUGGUAGCACUAUCGUUGUCACAAAGAGUCUAUAAGUUGAGUCAAUUUGACUUCUUAAACCCGAAACUCAGUCAGACAGCGCGAGCGGUCCUCUUCACAUACUUCACUGCUACGCGUCGAUUCAAGGACACCUUCUCCCGGCUGGAUCACAAGUACACUCACGCCAGUCCAACCCUCUCACCUUCAGCCUCUAUGUCACCUAUCUCCUUCGUCUCUCAUCCUCGUCUCUCAUCUCCCUUUGUAUUCUCAUUCGAGUUCUGAUUUGCCUCUUAUUCAUAACGCCCUUUACUUACUAGCUCGUAAUCUUCCCUAUUUUUUGCCUGCGCCCCUUCAACCCUUUCCUCACAUUCAUUUCAACAUACUAAGUCCCCUCGUUUCGCCCCGCGCUUGUAGUUCCGUCUAAUAGUGCACUUUUAUCUGGGUUUCGCGCUCGCUCCUCCCUCUUUGUAUAGGUAACUCUUCCGGUGUUCACCCCUUCAAGUUCGCAUCUCGAUCGUUGAUAUUUGACACAACAUAGUAGUCCGGAUUCAAACUUAAUUUCAAAAAAAAAAAUUGAAGCUGGAAUGUAGCAUCUCUCAGUCGGUAGCACGUCUUGUCUCAAGUUGUAAUAUCCUCUUCGUCGGUCACGUUCAGUGGGGAUACCCCGGGGCACCGUUUGCUCUGU